AUGGGGGUAAUUAGGAGGGUGACACAUCCUACUCAAUGGGUUCACCCUUUAGUUCUGGUCGCAAAAAAGAAUGGCGGCAUACGGAUAUGUCUGGAUCCGCGUGAGCUAAACGUGGCGGUGCGCCGUGCGCACUACCAGUUGCCCUCGCUGCCCGAGCUGGCCACGCGCCUGCGGGGCGCCACCUGUUUCUCGGUGCUGGACGCCAACUCGGGCUUCUGGGUCGUGCAGCUUGACGACGAGAGCGCCGACCUGUGUACCUUUGCCACGCCAUUCGGUAGGUGGCAGUUUUUGCGUUUACCGUUUGGUAUUAAUUGUGCCAGUGAGGUGUUUCAUGGUAAGAUGCGGCAACUAUUGGAAGACUUAGAGGGAGUAGAUAGUUUUAUCGAUGACAUAAUCGUAUGGGGUAAAACUAGGCGCGAGCAUGACGAGAGACUGGCCGCGCUUCUGAAUAGAGCUAGAGAGAUUAACCUGAAAUUUAAUAAGCAAAAAUGUAAAAUUGGGGUGCAGUCUGUAACAUAUUUAGGACACAUUUUUGACGCAAACGGAAUGCGGCCCGACGAUAACAAAGUUAGGGCGAUAAAAGAGAUGCCAACACCACACGACAGGAAAAGUUUAGAAAGAUUUUUGGGAGCAGUUAAUUAUCUAUCUAAAUUUAUACCUAACCAUUCGCAACGUGCGGCACCGUUAACAAAUUUGUUAAAAAAAGAUAAUGAGUGGCGAUGGGAACAGAGCGAACAAAAAUCAUUCGAAGACUUAAAAGAAGUCGUGUGUGGGGCGGGGGUACUGGCCUUGUAUGAUGUGGACGCGCCGGUGCUGCUGUCGGUGGACGCGUCGCGCGACGCGCUGGGCGCCGUGCUCAUGCAGGGCGGCCGCCCGGUGGAGUUCGCCUCGCGCACGCUCACAGACGCGCAGCGCCGGUACGCACAGGUAGAGAAAGAGCUUCUGGCUAUCGUUUUUGCGUGUGAGCGCUUUCACCAGUACAUUUUCGGUAAAGAAAAGGUGGUAGUAGAAUCAGACCAUAAACCCCUGGAGAGUAUUUUUAAGAAGCCGUUGAUGUCUGUCCCAGCACGCUUGCAGCGCAUGUUGUUGCGAUUACAGCACUAUGACUUGCAUGUCACGUAUAAGCCAGGAAAAUACAUGUAUAUUCCAGACACCUUGUCUCGUGCCUCGCUACCGGAUCUUUACAGUGACGAUGUGCACAAAAAUAAUAUAUGUCAGGUAAAAUUAAUCGUGGGUAAUUUACCAAUGUCGAAUAACAAACUUUCUCAUAUUAAAAAAGAAACCAACUUGGAUGCUGAGUUUUUAAAAUUGACUGAAUACAUAAUGAAAGGAUGGCCAGAUCACAAAUCUGAGGUGGUUAGUGAAUUAAAAUGGUACUGGUCAUUUAGAGAAGAUUUGUUUAUAGUGGAUGGGGUCAUAUUUAAAAGCAAUUUGGUUCUGAUACCGCGAGCGCUAAGAGCAGAGAUGCUCAAAACUAUUCACGAGGGUCACAUGGGUAUAGACCGGUGCAAGCGGCGCGCGAGGCAGGUCAUGUUCUGGCCCGGCAUCACGCAGGACAUCGAGGCGUUUGUGAAGCGCUGUCGCACCUGUCAGGAGAGUUUAAACGCUCCCGCCAGAGAGCCACUCAUCCCGAUUGAGAUUCCUGAGCUGCCAUGGCAAAAAAUCGGGUCCGAUAUAUUUGAAUAUAAAAAGAAGUACUUUCUGAUAAUAGUAGACUACUAUUCAAACUAUAUAGAAGGUCCGUCACAUCCGUGGCAGCCCAGUUAUUAA